CAAUAAAAGUAUAUCAACUUUACGUGCAUGGGUUCGUGAUUCUUGAUAUUCUUUUCUUCUUCAUGCAGAAGAACUGAAUCGGAAAUGAAAAAUCUCCACCAACACCUUCUUUCCUCUUCCUAUAAAAAAAGCGUCCAACUUCGCUUCUGUUCCCAAAAUCUUUCUGCGAAUAAAUUGAGCCACUUCGAUUUUGCACACCGGACCAUCAAGAAAUGUACGAACGCAACCGACUCCCUGUUCGGUCCGACCAGCAAGCCCGACCCGUACAACGACACCACUCUGCCAGCUAUUACGCCCACCGGGUCAGGGAGAGCCUCACGAACCGGGUCUUAAAGACAAUAUGUGCCAUCUUUUUGUCUCUCUUAUUUCUUCUUGGCAUUAUUGCUUUCAUUUUAUGGCUUAGUUUGCGCCCACACCGUCCCCGGUUCCACAUCCGGGAGUUCUCGGUUCCGGGUCUGGGUCAACCUCAAGGGUUCGAGAACGCCCAGAUAAUGUUCAACGUCACGGCGCGAAACUCCAACCAGCACAUAGGGAUAUACUACGAUUCCAUGGAGGGAAGCGUUUUCUACAAGGAUCAACUGGUGGGAUCGACCCCCUUGUUGUAUCCGUUCUAUCAGGAACCAAAGAACACUACUAUUGUGUAUGGGGUUUUGAGUGGGGCGUCGUUGAAGGUGAAUGACAACCGUUGGAUGGAGUUCACGAGUGAUCGAGGGCGAGGGACGGUGAUGUUUCGUCUGGAAAUAACGGCUGUGAUUGGUUUCAAGGUGUUCACGUGGGACAGCAAGCACCACAGGAUGCAUGCAAACUGUUACGUGGCAGUGGGUCCCGAUGGAAAUUUACUCCCGAGUGCUAAGGAUAAGAGAUGUCCUGUUUACUUCACUUAAUUAAAUAUUUGCGAUUCAACUCGGUGAAUGACAAAAAUAACACGUAUGUGAAAA